AUGCCAGCUCUCGGCCUCGUCGCGCGCGUCCACGCGUCCGCGCCACCGUCGUCGACAUCCACCCUCGCCGCUCGACGCGUCGUCGUGACGAACCGCGUCGCCGCGAACGGGAAUCAUCAUCAUCAUCGAGUGAAUUCUGUGUCGAGGCGGCGACGAGGCGCCGCGCGCGCGUCCGGAAUCUGUGGCAUCGAUCUGGGCACGACGAACUCCGCGGUGGCGAUCGUGCGAGAUGGCAAGGCGGAGAUCGUGGCGUGUCAGGGGCAUCGAACGAUCCCGAGCGUGGUGUGCUUCGCGAGCGACGGGUCGUUCUCGGUUGGACGAGAGGCGAGGCGGAUGCAGCGAACGGACGCGCGAAACACGGUGCACAGUGCGAAGCGGUUCAUCGGGAAGAAGUAUAAGAAAACGAAGAAAAUAGCGAAAGAUUUUCCGUACAGAGUGGUGAAUCAUCCGGAGACGAAGUACGCGUCGAUCGCGAUCGAGGGUGAGAAUGGGGAGACGCGUUUGGUGGCGCCGGAGGAGGUGAGCGCGUGCGUCUUACGGACGCUUCUGGACGCGGCGGAGAAGGAACUUGGGACGUCGAUCGAUAAAGCGGUGAUAACGAUACCGGCGUACUUUGAUGAUGCGCAGCAGGAGGCGACGAUUCGGGCGGGACAGCUCGCGGGAUUGACGACGGUAAAACUGUUGAAGGAACCCGUCGCGGCUGCGUUGGCGUACGGCAUCGACGUGGAGGAAGACGAGACGGUUUUCGUGUUCGAUCUGGGCGGCGGAACGUUCGAUGUGAGCGUACUAGAGGUGGGCGGUGGAACUGUCGAAGUCUUGGCGACUGGGGGUGAUCCACAACUCGGUGGAGACGAUUUCGAUCGAGUCAUCGCCAUGUGGUUAUCGGAGGAGGCGAAGAAGCGAGAUGCCGAGGUUGACCCGCGUGGAGCGCUAAACGUUGCCCGCAAGGCGCGCGAGGCGCUGAGCGAUCAAGAUCAGGUCGAAGUUCCUAUGCCAGACGGUGGAAAGGUGGUGAUGACGCGAAACUUACUCGAGAAGCUCGUCAUCGAUGUUCUUCGACGCAUGCGGGAGCCUGUGGCGGCGGCGGCGGACAGCGCUGGUGUGGAUCUGGAGGCGAUAAUGGAGAACGCGAAGAAGAAGGAUGGCGCCUCGCGCGCAGCCGGGCGGCCCUUCGAUCAAAUAUUACUCGUCGGCGGCGCGACGAGAUCUCCGUUCGUGCGAAGAUUCGUGGCAAAUACCCUCGGACGAGAGCCGAAUGUGUCGCUCGUGAAUCCUGAUGAAGCCGUGGCGCUCGGUGCCGCCAUCCACGCCGGAUCGCUCGAAGGGACGAUUGAAAACGUACAGACGCUCAACUCGAUGCAAGCGAGCUUGAUGCGCGCGCUCAUGGCGAAGAUGAACACCUCGGACGCUGAUAGCGAGGAUAAAGAGUUUGACGACGACGUCACGUGCAUGGAGGACGACUGGCACGACAGUUGCGACGAGGGUAACGUCGACAACGACGAAGACGAUUGGGGACCCGACGAUUUAGGAGACCUCUUGAUCUUGGAUGGGAAGUAA